ACUAACUUCACCUGGAUCUACCUGGAUCACAGAACACGGUUUAACUACGGCAUCAUCUGAUUGCAGCACACGCAUUAGAGGGUGGAGCCAUGAUGGGCAAGGAUUACAUGUUGGCCAUCAUCAUAGUCAACUAUGAUGACAACAUCUGGACAGACCAAAACUUGCUGCUGGACCCAGACCUUCCCUCCGGCUGGAGAACCAUCAAAGACUCCACAGGAACGUACUACUGGCACGUUCCCACCGGCGCCACCCAGUGGCAACACCCCCGCCUCACUGGGACGCCCCAGCCACUUCACACACAGCAGGAGGACGCAGGACAGCAGAGCUCCAGCAGACAGACAGGUGGAGUGCCCGAGGACAGGUCUUCAUGGCAUGAAGAUUAUCUCACCAACCACGACCCUGACUCCAAGUGCUUUGCGGUGCGUUCACUUGGCUGGCUGCAGGUUGAGGAGGAGGACCUGUCUCCUGGUCGCAGCAGUCUCGCUGUCAGUAAUGUCAUCCAGCAGCUGUCUCACUGCAGCAGCCCUGAGCAGAGAGACAGACUGGGAGCCUGGGGGGAGGGUCGGGAGAUGAUGCUGGUUCUGAAGAAAGACACUCUGACCCUGUUGGACCCUUUAGACCACACCCCCCUCCACUGUCAGCCAAUCAUCAACAUCCGUGUCUGGGGGGUGGGCUGCAACAACGGCAGGGACAGGGACUUUGCCUUUGUGGCGGGAGAUAAGGACAGCUGUGUGCUGAAGUGUCAUGUGUUUCGCUGCGACACUCCGGCCAAAGCCAUCGCCACAGCUCUGCAUGAGAUGUGCUCCAAGAUGAUGUCAGAGAAGGCGCUGAUGAGGCCGUCUCACUCUCUGACGAUGGAGAGUAUCUCACCUGAAGACCUGCCCAGGCAAGUUGAAUUCCUGGAGGCGGUGCGGCAGCAGGUCCAGAAGUUUGAGGUCCAGUACAUCGGUAACCUGCCGGUGUCCAGAGCCAUGGGUAUGGAGGUGCUGAACAGAGCGAUCGAGAGCAUCAUGAACUCCACAGACAGAGACGACUGGGAGCCGACCGUGAUCCACGUCACCGAUAACGUCCUGUCGCUGUGGAAGGGAGAGGAAGGGGAGGAGCCAUUCUGGGAGUGCCAGGUACGUUUCCUCACCUUUCUGGGCGUCGGCCAUGAUAGCCACACCUUUGCCGUGAUCGUCGACGGCGGCACGCAGCGCUUCGAGUGUCACGUGUUCUGGUGUGAACCGGAUGCAGGAAUCAUCUCUGAGGCCGUCCAAGCUGCGUGUAUGGUCCAGUAUCAGAAAUGUCUGGUGGCCCAGACUCCUCCUCCAAGGUCCAAGUCGUGGCGUGCGAACCCCUCAAAGGUCAAACGGGCCAACUCCAUGGAUGGCGCCGCCUUCCCUCCUCUUACAUCCCGUUACCAUGGCAGCGGCAUCUCCACCGUGAUGACGCCGAGGAUAACGAAGGGCGGCAGCGGCAGCGUGAGGAAGGGGAUGUUGGCGUUCUUCGAAACCUUUCGCAACAAACAGACUGCAACCUCCUAAUGCCGAGAGGGAACGUCAGAGCCAUGCAUCAGCAGAGCUUGGUCUCCGAGUGGUCUCCUGUCCUCCAGGGCUAAGACAUAUUCACCAAGACCAUGACAGCGAGGACAUGAUCCAGACCAGCAUCUGAUUGGCUGAACUCAUGGCUCUGGUGGUCCGACUGGCUGAUUCUGUCGCCUUCACAUCACCAGCGACGCCGACACUUGCCACAGUCGCCUCGUCUCCUGUUUGUUGGACCUGAAACACGCGUGUCUGAACUUGUCGCCGAGGUCGAACAGCCUGAAUGUCAGCUGACGUUUUAGGACACUGAUGUGGACCAGGAAGAACCAACAGCCACUGGAUCCAAACAUCCGAGGACUGAUGAGCAACAAGUCAGUCGAGACCUCCACCAACACCUGAUCACCUCCUCAGCUGAGAUCUGUGGAGGAUCAUUUUAUCCAGAACUAAAAGAGAGAACUGUUAUAUUGUAUGACUCAGGAUAAUUGGAGCAUAGUUAAAUGUUAAAGCGGAGGACUGAGCGCUGGGUCCAUUUUCAUUUCAGAAACGGGUGUUAAAAAACUUUUCUCUAUUAAAGGACAAAAAUCCAAAUUGAAAGGGAUGAAUAAGAAAACAGGGAUGUGAUUAUUUACCCGUUUCUGAAAAGUAAAUAACAAACGAUAAACAAAUCGUAUCGAAAGAUCUGACUUAGCUUUAGCUGAUAUAACUUAAACAGCAUCUUCAUAGUAAAGAACCUUAAAGAACCUUUAACACAAACCUCAACCAACCAGGAGGGUUUGUGUCCUGAUUUCCCUUAGAGAUGAGACAGAGGAGAACAGCGUCAUCCGUCCUGGACGUCAGCGUCCGAUUCAUGUCCUGUCCUUUUCGCUUCAAGCUUCGUGUGUAGUAAGUUAGAAACGUUUUCGAGCUGCAAUGAGACUCAGACCGAGAGGCCACGAGAGCAAACACUGGAAACCUUACCUGUUUAUUUCUCCAUGUUCAGGUCACAUGAUGGGAGGUGGUGAUGUCGCAGGUUUCCAUGGUUACAGCUGUUCACAGGCUAACAGUUUCUAUAGGGACAAAGAUCUUUAUUCACACAGAACAUUUCGUAGUGACAGAGCAUCAGAGGAGCCGCGUCAGCGAAGACACGAAGCUGGAACAGAAAAAACGAGAAGACGCUUCAACACGAGAAUAAAGUCAAAUCUGAUCCAUAAAAUCGGAAUAUUUCAACAUGCUAAUAAAAACCCAGUGUAAUAACAACAGUAAUAACAGCGUCUGUAACAUGACAAACAGUCGGAACGUUUUGAAAAUUGAUUUAUUCUCAAUCAUUUUUCUUUAUUCAAGAAUCAAACCUGAGUGUUGAAAACAAAAGAAAGAAAAAUGAGAGAAAAGGAAAAUCCAUCGUUCCUGAACGUUCUUCAGGAACGUCUCGAAUAUUCUGAAUGAAUUAUCUCAGUUUUUCUGUCUGAACCGUGGCCUGAUGCUCCGUCGUACAGAAGCUAUUCAAAGUGCUUUAACGAGCAGGAUCCAUUUGAUGAUACGCUGCAGCAACACUGACAGCUCCUAAACGCCUCCUGAGAAGGUCAGUAAACGCACCACAAACAAACCUACAUUUAUUUAAAUGGGAUUUUGGCGACCUGCAGUUUGCAUGUCAGGGACAAUGACAGCAUGGAAAGUCAUUGAAAAUGUCCUGGAAACGAUUUCUUGAAGAGCGGGAACUUUCCCGCUGUCGUGCACGUGUGAGCAUGAAAACACGUGUGAAGGUUUGAUGUUGCUGAACGAACAGGUACAACCCUCAGCUGCCUCCUGAUUGGCCGAAGCACCUGUAGAUAGAAGCUUUAGUGCGUUAAAUGUCUGUAGGAAAAUAUCAGUCGGAGGUUUGAGUGUAUCAGAAACAUGUUCAGUCCAAAGUCCGACCCCCUGACCCUGACCUCUGACCUCUGACCCCGGCUCCAACAGGAAUCAAUGAUGUCAUGUAGAAAUGAA